AGAGCAAGCAGGCAGCAGCUAAUCCUGCAACGAUGAUUUUCCUCUUGCAGUAUUUCUUCCUGCUGGCCACAGACUUGGUGCUCGCCACGACCCUCUCCUGCCUCUUUUAUGCCUUCGCCUGCGUUUCCAUCGCGUUUCUGACCUGCUGCGUUAUCGCCUUCUCCUUUGGCGCCGCGGAGAGCAACGCUGAUGUGAAAGGGAGAGCAAUUGUAAUUCUUGUGUCCAACAGCUCCAUUGGGAGGAUGUUUGCAAGGAACCUGGACAAAGCGGGUUUUGGGGUGUCUGCUGCACAGUGGUCUGCCCAAGAGGAGAGGACAGUGACAGAAGAGUGCUCAUCGAACAAGGAGGUAGCCCAGCUCCACCUGACUGAAGAUGAGUACCAGAAGACAGUGAAAACCUUCAUAGAAAGCCACUUAUCCCUGAAAGGCAUGUACGGGAAGAUGAGGAACCCGUCCAUCCUGAUCUGGGAUGAAGGGGCUGCGGACACACGCGGGGCACCUGAGACAAAACCCUCCUGUGAGGGGAAGGAGGCUUGCAAGGCUCCACGCAGGAACUGCUUACUGCACACAGCUCUCUGCAUCUCAGUCCUCUUUCACCCGCUGACCUGUGUCCUGACUCUCCUGAAGAGAGGCCCACAGCUGCUCGUGCCUCUCCUGAAGUCCAAAAACUGACAGGUGAGGCAGCACCCUCACAGCUGAGUCACCUGCCAGAGCCAGCAAGGAAACCCACGGAGCACUACACACGGGCACUGUCGCACCACAAUGGAAAAAGGAGCAUAGCUGGGAUCACAAGUGACAAACUCCUGGCAGAAGGGGAUUAUGAGCAGUGAUUUCAAUUGCAAGACAACAAAAAAACGUGGAUGAAGACAGAAUACACCUUCAGAACCAGGACACAGGUCUGCAACUCCCUUGCAAGUCUAAUCUGUAAGGAAGAAAACCCCAAGACGCUGAAAUUUUGGGUUGUUCAUUACAAUGCUGUACUGUGUGCACUGGGAUAUGCACAGAGGAGAAAACAUCUGAGGUGAAAGGAAAUAAAGGAAGAACUCUGCUGGGAAGCCAAAUGCUAGGGCUUGGUUUUCAUUAUCUAAAGCCACAACUCAGAACUGCCUGACUGAUGAUAAGAGAUGUCACCCUCCCAGGGAGCCGGAUCCAGGGAGGCAAAGGAAAGCUUUCAAAACAGCUCCUGUAAGACAUUAAACCAGCUUAAUAUCAAAUCAUACUGAAAACAAACAUUUUAAUUCUGUAACAUCAAAGCACUCAGAGAGAACAUGCUAAAGCAGAAAAUUUCUGAAUUAAAAGCUUGAGGUUUUAGUCUUUACACAUUUGGCAAAUAACCAGUUACAUGAAUAAUGCCAAACCCACAUAUUCUGCAGAACAUCCCAGGAAAUGUUUCCUUUAGUCAGAACCCCGCUCUGAGCCGGUGUUGCCAACUCCCUUAGUGCAAAAUCCCAUUCUGUGCACAUAGCCCUGUGCAAUUUCAGCUGAUAACCAUUAUUUUCUCCUCCAAAAUAUGGCAGGGGACAUGUGUGGGCUGCUGCAUGGCCGCUGCUUCUCUCCCAAAGUGACCUUCAAGCAAAGGAUGCUGCCUGCUUGUGCACACUGCAGUACUCAUGGUCUGAAAUUACAGACAUUAUGUGAGCAAAGCUCCUGAAGACCUCAGUGGAAGUUUUGCUGGCCCGAGGACUUGGGAAUGGCCUACAUCUGUUUAUAAAGCUUUCCAGUCCGUUGGGAUACAGGGAACUACUGUGUGCAAGCAUAAAAUUAUCACUGUGAGGCAAUACCACCAUGAGAUAAAUUAUAAUAUAACUGCACUUCUAAGUAUGUUUAACACAAAUUAGUGAUACCAAACCAACACCGAAGUUAUAGACUGCUGACACUGACUAAGGGACCUGAAUGCCCAGAUGCUUUUAAUGUGAGUGGCAAGGAGGGAUUUGAAUUCCUUAAGUAGUGUUGAGUGUUUCAUCACUAACAUGUAACACAUGAAAGCAACUGGCUUUUCAAGCCUACAAACCUGGCCAAAAGAUUCUGGCAACAUUCUGUAUCUUUUUAGACACAUCUCUCCAAGCA